UAUACCUGCGGUUGUGGUUACUCCUUUAGGAAGAAUAUGAUGAGGGCUCAUAAAAAUCGAGCCAAUUUCUAGUAAAUAAACAGUCGUGGAGUGAUUGUUUAUGUUCCGUUAACUACAUCAAAUGAGUUUCGGCCGUAGAAGAAUUGCGGCUGUAUUCUACGUCGUUCGUGCAAAGUCGAUAUUGAGCGCCCGAUGUGCAUUUAUAUGCUGUGUUGAUCAACAAAGACCUUUUGAACUUGCUAAUAGAUUGUGCUUAAUGAACGCUCAAUUUAGCUCGGGAUGCGUUACUUAAGUGUACACUAACCUAGUCGAAGUCUUGCAUUUGCAUCUAAAUGCGCAUCUCGCGAUACUCAGCCGUGAUCUAUCACGAUGCAACCUGUCGUCGCCGGUGUCAGCACAAUGUCAACAAUACGUCGAACAAUACGCCUUGGGCCCCACCGGGCUCAGGUAACCGCCCGUGCAUUUUCCACAGUUCAACGUGUUGAUGUGGAGGCACUGGUUACUCUGCCAGAAUGGGAGCUUCGUCCAUUGCUUCCCUGUUUAGUUCGGAUGGCCCUAUGUGCACCCCUUGACACACGCCCUGAAUGGGCCCGCAAAAAAGAAGCUAUUCUCCGCGUGCUCUCGGGUAUCGAGAGCGUCAAUUCACUGGUAGCAUUGCUUAGCAUCGAUUUUCAUUUACUUGAAAUUGACGUUCGAAAGGACCAAAUGCUUCGGGCCAAAGCCGGCCCGUCUGCAGAUAGUAUACUGAUCCCACCACUUACGAACGCGAUAUCGAUUGAAUUCGAAAGAAGUGACGCUGCAGGCCGAUUACGUUUGGUCCUGUCACAGCUGUUAACAUUAAUGGUUAGUAACGGAGCUCAAGUGGACAAAGAGCGCGUCGCCGAUUUGUUCUCAAUGGACAUUUACGUCGAUGAAGUCGCUGAUGUUCUAAGCAUUGCUCACACAGAACUUCCAGGUCUACUUUCAGUUGCUGACAUGUCCGAAGCGCUUCUAGUUGUUAAAAAUGGCGCGGCAUUUGUUACCCGACUCGUGGCCAAUUCACCGGAAAGCUUUCUGGAGGUAGCCUAUCAGUUAAUUAGCAAUGCUAGUGAACGACUGGAAGAUAGCGAUCGUCGGGCGGAUUGCCUAGGCCAGCUAUGCAGAAUGAAUCCAGCAGAGGCGCUACAGGUUCGUGCACGAGCGGUUGAAUUGUGCCGUAUGCCAGAGCUAUGUGUUGUGUUAACACUCGAACAGCCUGAACAGCAGUCUGAUUUGGUCGCUUUCGUCUCUGGUUUACUGCUUGGCUCCGAUGAGAAAGUUCGUAAUUGGUUUGCGACUUAUGUUCGAAAUUACCAAAAACGGCCUGAACAAACCGCGUUAUCCCUGAUGCGAGCCAAACUUUUGCACAAAUUGAGAUCGUCAAUUAGCUUCAAUAAAGAUUAUCAUGAGCUGGCCGAGAGCACUGUCAUUGUCGAGAUGAAUGGCUUGAUUCGCUUGUAUUCUGCUUUGAAAGUCGCUGGUAUGCGCUUUUCCGACGAGGAAAACCAAAUUCUUCUACAGGUGGUCACCUGCAGAUGCCAGCCUACACCUGCAGGAGUUCGUUUCAUCUGCCUUUCCGUUAGCAUGCUCUUGUCCAGUCCCGCAUUGAUCGCUACGCAGGAGUUUGAACGGCAAGCGCUCGAGUAUCUUCGCUACCUAGUAUCUCAGGCACAAGAAGGUGUGGCUGAAUUACUACUUCUUGUUGCUAUUCACUUCCACGCAAAUCAGCUAGGUGCCAUCGCCGAGCUUGUUUGCACCACGCUCGCUAUGCGUGUAGCUGUCCGACCGAACAGUCUAGCAAAAAUGCGCUCUCUGUUUAUUGCCGAACUUUUUACUGAGCAGGUGGUAACCGCUCACGCUGUUCGGGUGCCCGUGACGCCCAGGUUGAACGCCGAUGUCACAGGCUUUUUACCAGUUCACUGCGUCUAUCAGCUGCUAAAAAGUCGCUCGUUUAGCAAACAACGGGUGUCUAUCAAGGACUGGGUUUAUCGCCAGCUACUGGAAGCAACCACCCCGCUGCAUCCAAUACUUCCGUCACUUAUUGAAGUCUAUGUUCAUUCAGUUCUCAGUCCUAUUGGCGAGUGUACGCAUCAGCCAUUAACUGACGCAGAGGUCAUAUCAGCUAGUAGUAAAACAAAUGGCAUCAAGGCCGAGAUUUUGCCGUCGCUUUUAAUGCUAUACUAUUUGCUACUGUAUGAAGAUGUGCGGCUUGCCAAUAUUCGUCAAUUGCAGGGGGCUGCAAAGGGCAGGAAGGUGAAGGCGUACAGUGCAAAUCUUAUCACUCGGCUGCCCAUAAGGUACCUCGUCCAGCAAACGCAGGAGGAACAAAAAAAAUACGCAGGGCUAUUCGCGCCUCUUCUACGCCUUCUCGCUCAUCAAUUCCCACAUCUUUGUAUGACAGAGGAUUGGCUGUUGUCAGAAACCAAUAAUGCCACCUGCGCCACGCCUGUAGCUCGCAAGGACGCUACCGCUGUUAUGAAGCUUACAAAAUGUGUAACGCCUGAAUCGUUAGCUGAAGCCCUAUCCCGUGUUGAGUCGUGCCCAAUCGGAGCUACCUCACAGUUGGCGCACGUCCUACAAUUAGAGUUAAGCGAAUUGUGGCCGUUUGCGGGGUCGCUGGUAUCAGAGCUGCCGAAUUUAAUUUCACCUGCGGUGCCACGCCAGGUCGUAGAAAAAGCCCGUGCACUUUGGUUUCGUCUGAAUCAGGUCUACCCGCGGCGACUUUGGGUAUUAACAGUUAACGCAUUUCGGCCUACUGAAAAGGUCACUUUGGACGAGCUAAUCAUGGACCCUUUGCAUGUUCUGAGGUGCGACCCAGCCAUAUUACGGUGCGCCGUGACUCUUGAGAUUGUCCUUCAUAUGCUGAGGGCUCUCUUGGCUGCUUCACGCACCCAACUUAGUCUUCACUUAUCAGAAAACUGUGCACCCGAUGCGGCGAGCGCUGCCGAUAGGGAUGAGCUUCGUGUGGCGCUGGUAGCCGCUCAAGAAAGUGCCGCUGUCCAAAUCCUACUGGAGAUCUGUUUGGCUCCUGGCGAUGAGGGCCUCCUCUCGUCCACCCGUGAGUGUCGGACACUGGUGUGUUCCCAGUUGCAUCAAAUGUUCAUUGCGGAUCCGCAAUUAGUACAUUUGGUUCACUAUCAGGGAUAUCCUUCGUCGCUACUGCCAAUGACUGUGUCUUUGGUGCCUUCAAUGCACAUUUGUCUUGACUUCAUUCCUGAAUUGUUGGCACAGCCACAGUUAGACAAGCAGGUGUUUGGCAUCGAGCUUACAUCGUAUCUUUGCCUUCAACACGCCAUACCGCGUUCGCUAUCCAUUGCCCGUCUCUGUAUAACGGUAGCAAAUACGCUACUCGGAGUGCUACCAUCUUCCAGGAGGCCUCAGCUAUUUCUGCCUGCAUUGCCGGCUUUGGUCCGGAUGUGUCGAGCUUUCCCUCCCCUCUCCGAAGACGUGGCCAUUCUGCUGCUGCAGCUUGCCAAAGUGUGUCUCUCCCAGGAGAGCACCAAGGCGUUGCCUGAUAUCGGCGAAGAAGACGAGAAUCGGGAACUUUGUCGGGUUAUUCAGAAGUCAUUUUCCGAUCUCGGUGGCUCGAAUUCGGCCCUAAAUUCUAGCGUCUAUUAAUUAGUCACAAGCCGCAAUACAGGACUUGAAAGUCAAAUCAAGUACUAUCGUUUUGUGCUACGAAUAAUAUAACAAUAUAAUAACCAUAUUAAACACCGGGUCUCAUGCCACUAAUACAUUCGUCUUAUGACAUUACAAUGAUGUUGUGGCUUUCCUUAUCAAGUAGCCAAGUAACAUUUUUGAUACUUUUGGCAUUUUUGUCAGUUUGGAACUUUUGUUGGCCUUAAAUAGUUUAAAGAAGUCGUGUUUUACACAUCAGUUUGGCAUUUUGAACUUUCUGGCAUUUGAACUAAUCAGACAGAAAGAAAGAUGCGGAGUAAUGACGGAGUAAAGAAAGACGGAGUAAUGACGGAGUAAAGAAAGACGGAGUAAUGACAUUUGCCUCGUGAGGAUUUAUUAUUUGUUACUAUAAAUCAUACAGCAAAUGAUGCCGGCAUAAUUGAAUAGGUCUAUGUGCAAAGUGCGAAUGGUUGCACAGUUGUUUCUACCCGACAGGCGGAGCUAUUCUUGCGUAGUGUUCUACCUGACACUGAGUACAUGAAUUUAAUACAGAUAUUACAGACAUAUUGUAUAUAUUAAAAGCAACGACUUGUAUAAAAUAAUGGAUGUGGAUAUAUUAAAGUUGCUUAAGGAUGUAAUUUUACGUAAAAAUGUAUUACUGAGUGCUAUUUAAAGGCGUAUGAUCCUAAGAAAAGCAGUUAUUUUGUUCAAAUAUUUUACGGGGGACUCGUUAUAAAUAUAACAAGAAGAGACUGGAUUCGUUAAGAGCUUAAACGUUCCAUCUGAUAGUUAAAUACUCUUGGUAAGCUUUUAUUGUUUCUAAACAAAUAUCAAGGAAAAAUAAUUAACCUUAUUAUUCAUUACGAAUUAAUGAUAUUAAACAAUACAACUUCAUCUGGGAAUUUAUAUAUUUUAUUCAGUCGAAUCACUUAUAUGCCAAAUUUAUAUCCGACGCGAAUUUGCUCUACUGUGCUUUUAGCCAAUCACUUAUUCGAUUAUCCGUGUAAGGUCCUAUGUAUUUCGAGUUCUACAUCCAAUACCGCCGUUAGCCACUCCUUCUAACGGCUUGUUUUUACCGGCAAGAAACCAAAUGUAUCUACGAUUGGAUUCGAACCCAGACCACCGCGUAUCCUUCAAGUCGAGCAUACAAACACGUUACCCACCAUUCAUCACGGGGCUGUGCGGAUCCUAAUAUAUGCUGGGAGCAAUGGGAGAAGAAUAGCAGUGGAAUUUUUUUACUGCUGUCAGUUUUCGACACUGUCAAACUUACGGUUCUAGAGGUUUCACUACGAAUCUAUAAAAAAAAAACAAAGCAUGCUUCCACGACGAUCUAGGCAUACUGGGCGCUCGAUUUAAGAAUCAUGUGCCUUUCUGGAAAAGGCCAACAUUCCUACGGAUGAAUAAAGCUUUUUUUGUUCAAAAUUGA